AUGCCAAGAGCUAUUGUAAGUGAUAGGGGAACGCACUUCUGCAACAAAACCAUAGCUGUGUUAUUUCGCAAGUAUGGUGUACUCCACAGGGUCUCAACGUCGUACCACCCUCAGACCAAUGGUCAAGCGGAGGUGUCGAAUCGGGAGAUUAAGUCCAUCUUGAAAAAAAUGGUGCGCCCCGAUAGGAAAGAUUGGAGUCAACGGUUGGAAGAUACACUCUGGGCCUAUCGGACGGCAUACAAGACCCCUAUAGGGAUGUCACCGUACAGGUUGGUAUUUGGGAAGUCGUGUCAUCUUCCAGUGGAGUUCGAGCAUAAAGCAUUUUGGGCGGUUAAGCAAUGCAAUAUGGAUAUUGAGGAGGGCGGAAUUCAAAGGAAGUUACAGUUACAGGAGUUGGAGGAGAUUCGCAAUGAAGCCAAUGAAAAUGCGCUCUUUGGGUUAAUUGCUGAUUUUAGUAACCUGUUUUGGGUUCUUGACUGUCCAUUUAGAGACAGUGACUCCUGUCCAAUUGUUGGUGACUUGCUAUAUUUGCUAUUUGGGGGCGCCCGUGACGUUUAUCUUUGCUUAUUGGGGGCGCCCGUGACGCUUAUCAUUGCUACUCAGUGGGGUAUACUGGACUUGCUUGGGGUCUUUUUCUAG